AUGAUAAUUUCACAAUAAUAAGAUAUUGACACACCUACGUACAGUGUGUCUCAGUGUCUGUGAAGAGAGAGACUGUGUGUGCUGUGCACAUAUAUAUACGCACACGCCUAGAAAAUAUCAUCAAUUGCUGAAUAUUGAUUUGCUAUGGUGAAAGUUGUUUUUAAUUGAGUUGUCAAGUAUUUGAAUGGUCGAUUUGUCAACAGUUAACACAAUCCCUUUAGAGUUUCUGUAAAUGCUGAGGAGUUGCAGUUGCGCGCAGAAAUUAAGCAGCUGCUAAAGGAGGCGAAUGCCAUGUCACAGCCUUCAACGUUUGCACAAGCUGCCAAACUAAGGAGGAUGGCAGCAGCCAAGGAGCAGGAACUUGUAAAAAAUCGUGAAAAACUCAGAAAAGUAAUGAAAUCGUCAUAUGAUUCACACACAAAGACCCUGAUGAUCUUAAAGGUUUUAAUGUACUUGUUGCUGAUUAUAUGGUUUUGGCGUAUCCCUGUGGCUUCCAUACCUAAGCAGCUCGUGCAACCUUUUGGUAAGAUAUUGUCUUGGCGAGCUGGAGGUCAUGUGAAUGAAAACGUCAUGGUGGGAAUCAUUCCAUGGUUAAUAUUGUCCACUAGAAUAAGCAAACUUAUCUGCCGGAAAAUAUUCAAGUAGGAGAGCAAAGUAAUUUGAAGCGAAGAAACUACUGAUAUAUAUUUAUUUGAUUGCGAUUAACAUGCAUUAUUUAUUUGUCUGGUGUUCAUUAAUCACCUAUCGAUUACUGUCUUAUUUUUGAAAAGAUUAUUAGUGAGGAGUAAAACAUAAAGUUUGUAUGGUAGUGCCAACAGUGCCAUUGCCACAGAAAGCAUACGGCUGUUCACUCGAUUGAAUAUUGUCUAUUUAGGUUAUAUAUUGUUAGCAUUUCUGAUUUUGUUUCACAAGGAUGGGGAGGUCCACAUUAUACUGAUAAACUCUGGUGGUUAAUUAAGAUCUUUUGACCUGAUAAAGUUUAUUAGUCUUCCAUUUA